CCAGUGCCUCCGAUCUGUAGACUGGGGAUGAUGACAUCUUUCCAGCGGUUACCAUAGCAUCCACACUCAAGAGCCCGAGAUUAAAUUCAGUUCAAGGCAACCCGCCCAAUUCCCCCUGGAAAGUUGGUAGUGGAGGAGAGAAAAGGAGGUUGCGCCCAACGGCACAGAGCUGUCCGUGGUGCUGAAUUGCUCCCAGCAGCUCCCAGCGACUCAACCAGCAACUCCACCAGCGACUCAGCGCUUCUUUCUGCAACCUCUCCACUUAAUUAAGGACCAUUCUCCUUAUUAGUCUGAAACGUGUCUUUCCUAGCAGUGAUCCGAGGAGAGACCUAUUCCGGCAAUGAGAAUACUGCGCUGCUAACAAGUGUUAUUCUGUAUAUGUAGAAAUAGACUUUCUGGAGGUUUCCAGUCAAAUCUCUACAACUCUGCUGCGAAGGGGAAACAUUUGUUGGGGACAAAAAAAAAAAUAAAAAAUGGAUUUUUAAGUCACCAGAGGCGCAAAGCACAAAGCGAGAACAUGACAUUGUCUGGGAAGCGCACCGACUGCUCCACUUUGUAACUGGGUUCCCAUAGUCUUUUUUCCUUCUGUCUCCUUGAGCGAUCGGGAAGCUUGUACCCUUCAUCCUAGGAAUUUUCUACCAAUAUGAGAAACUGCCUUUCUUUCGGCACGAUUUAACGAGAAGCAAAAAGGAAGACGCACCUGUAGCAAUAAUGGACGUAAUAAAGCAAAGGGUUUUAGUCAAAGGCAAAGAAGGGCUGAAGAAUGUCGCCAGCAAAUCCCUUGGACAGAUAUACAGAGUUUUAGAGAAGAAAAACAAAACCGGUGAAAAUAUCGAGUUGACUGAAGAUGGGAAACCCGUGGAAGUGGCGGAGAAGAAGCCCCCAUUAUGUGACUGCACCUGUUUUGGGCUCCCCAGGAGGUACAUCAUCGCCAUCAUGAGCGGACUUGGGUUCUGCAUUUCUUUUGGGAUCCGCUGCAAUCUGGGAGUGGCUAUUGUGGAUAUGGUUAAUAACAGCACCAUUCAUCACGGAGGGAAAAUUAUCAAAGAGAAAGCCAAAUUUAAUUGGGAUCCGGAGAUAGUCGGAAUGAUUCACGGCUCGUUCUUUUGGGGUUACAUAGUGACCCAGAUCCCGGGAGGAUACAUAGCAUCCAGAUUAGCGGCUAACAGGGUGUUUGGGGCUGCCAUUGUCCUCACCUCAACUCUGAACAUGCUGAUCCCCUCGGCGGCGAGAGUGCACUACGGCUGCGUGAUCUUCGUCAGGAUUUUGCAAGGGCUUGUGGAGGGGGUCACCUAUCCGGCCUGCCACGGGAUAUGGAGUAAAUGGGCCCCGCCUUUGGAAAGAAGUCGCCUGGCAACAACGUCAUUUUGUGGAUCCUAUGCAGGAGCAGUUAUCGCUAUGCCAUUGGCCGGGAUUCUUGUGCAAUAUACUGGGUGGUCGUCUGUGUUUUACGUCUACGGGUGCUUUGGCCUCGUCUGGUACCUCUUCUGGAUCCUGGUGUCCUAUGAAAGCCCAGCGAAGCAUCCGACCAUCACCGACGAGGAGCGGAACUACAUAGAGGAGAGUAUUGGGGAAAGCGCGAACAUCUUGGGGCCAGUGGAGAAAUUCAAGACUCCCUGGAGGAAGUUUUUUACCUCAAUGCCGGUCUAUGCAAUUAUCGUUGCAAACUUCUGUAGGAGUUGGACAUUUUAUCUUCUCCUGAUCAGCCAGCCAGCCUACUUUGAAGAAGUCUUUGGGUUUGAGAUUAGCAAGGUGGGAAUGUUGUCUGCCGUACCCCAUCUGGUCAUGACAAUUAUUGUACCUAUUGGAGGACAAAUUGCUGACUUCCUUAGAAGCAAACAAAUUCUCUCAACAACCACGGUGCGAAAAAUUAUGAACUGUGGAGGAUUCGGCAUGGAGGCUACCCUACUGCUUGUCGUCGGCUACUCCCACAGUAAAGGUGUUGCAAUAUCAUUCCUGGUCCUUGCAGUCGGCUUCAGUGGAUUCGCCAUUUCUGGAUUCAAUGUUAACCACCUUGAUAUCGCUCCUCGCUAUGCCAGUAUCCUCAUGGGUAUCUCCAACGGUGUCGGCACCUUAUCCGGCAUGGUUUGUCCUCUUAUCGUUGGAGCAAUGACCAAGCACAAAAGCAGAGAGGAAUGGCAAUACGUUUUCCUGAUCGCUGCUCUCGUCCAUUAUGGCGGAGUCAUAUUCUAUGGAAUAUUUGCGUCUGGGGAGAAACAGCCGUGGGCAGACCCCGAGCAGACCAGCGACGAGAAGUGCGGUUUCAUCAACGAGGACGAACUGGCAGAAGAAGCCGGGGAUAUUAGUCAAAAUUACAUCAACUAUGGCACCGCUAAAUCUUACGGGGCCACCACGCAGAUGAACACGGGUUGGCCGAACGGGUGGGAAAAGCGAGAAGAAGGCGUUCAAGGAGAUGGACAGGAGUCUUACCAUUACAGGGAGGAGGAGGAGAACUAUUCCUAACAAAUCUCUUCAUAUCUAGAUCUAUAUAUAUAUAUAUUUAUUUUAUUUUUGUUCGUAGUGUCCGUGAUGAAUUUCAUUGUGGUAUUUUGCACAAAAAGCCGUGGUGUGAACUCGUUAAGCACACACAUCCGUCUUGCUUGGGGAGCAAGCGCCAUCUCAUGAACCAUUGUUACCUUGGCUACGUGUAUUCAUCCUAUGGGGAUUCGCGCUAAUUGGGCACGGCCGCCAAGGCCACUAGUCAUUUACUAUAGGAGCCGCGUCUUCUCUAGCAGGUCAGAGCACAAACGAACAGAGCACAUCCUAAAUCUUCCUUGGGCUAUCGCCGUUGGUUACGAGGCAACAAAAUGCCCAGUUUUAGUCUAUAACCCCACACAGUUGAUGAUGAUGAUCCACCCAAUGGCAGUGAAUGUUGGAUCUCCAUGACAACCUCUAGUGCUUUUCUUUUUAAUUGUGACGCACAAGUGAUGUUAGUGCCUAAUCAUAUGGUUAUUUUGGAGCUGGACCAAUAACGUUAGGCGGAGGGAGCAGGCCAAUAAGCUUUUAAAUAUCUCGGGGUGUAUUUUUUGAACACCGGCCAUUUUGUAUUACAUAGCAGCGACAUUUUUAUACAUGCAUUCUUAUCAUUACAAUUCAUAUCAGCAGAAAUCAUGGUGGUCCAUAUCCCUGCUUGACCUCGUCCCUGGCCCGCCCCCAAACUCCGCCCCCUUUUGCAGCAGCGGCGGCGGCCCUGCACUUUUACAUUAUAGACCAGUUUUAUAAGACUCCCUAUCUCUUAUAUUGUAGAUCACUGACCUCGCCUUGCAUUGAUCUUAAUGUCAAGGGACCUACAACACCAGCCAUAAAGCAAGACAGGACUGUUGUUAUAAUAGCACAAUGAAAGAAAAUCUACUUAGGGUUUGAACACCCCUCGUCCCCAGCCUUUAGCUGCUUAGGUGAUUGGCCCCAAGGGCUAGAAGGGCUAAAUGAUUGGCCCCUGACAUGGGGUUCAAGGAACCAUUGAGCUGCUUUCCCAGCAUCCCUAUGAACUACUAAUGCUUAGUUGUCCUUUAAUAAGGUAAUACCCAGAUACAUCUAUAGAUGCCCAUUGGUCAAACCUUGCUGAUUUGAUUAUCUGUCCCCCCUAGGGUGGCCACCCAGCUGGUAUUUGACUGGAAAAUUGCAAUCUAUGGGUGACAACCCUACCUAUAAUCCAUCUUUUCCCUGACUCUUUCCAUGGCAGCCUUUGCCCUGCCCGCUAUCCCCUCCCACCUACCCAUUUCUCCGCCCCUUCCCCUGCCUAGCCCACCCAUUUCACUGCUCGCCCCCGACCUAGGGGGGCUGAUAACAUAAGGGGGCUAUUAAGACUUCUCGUAUUAUUCUAGGGCCAAACAUGAACCAAUGGGAUAGGCCAGUUGCUCAACCAGCAGCCAAUAUCUACCCAUAUUAUUGGGGCACAUACAUAUAUUUAUAGAUAACUAUAUAGAUAUACCAUAUAUAUACAUAGAUAUAUCCGAGCGUGGCUACUGAGCAGUCUAUGGUGGCUAGCCCCUGAAUGGGCCAGACUAGAAUGCAAUAUGUGGUGACUACUGUCCAUAUGGAAAGGAACAGAAUACUGUAUAUGACAUGAGCUGUAGAUCAAAAUCCAGCAGAUUUAGCCAUUUUUAACCAAAAAAUGUUUUUUUUAUAUAUUGGAAAAAUAUUUGCAUUGAGUGAGAUUGUAGUAAGUUGUGUAUAUCUGUCAGAGUCCUGUGCUACACAGAGGCAGCUACUCCUUUCCUUUAUACCCCGGGGGGGGGGGGGGGAGUAAUAUCUACUAUAUUGUAACUCAGGGUUGGCCGGAGUAAAUAUCCCAGCAUUCCUUCAGCUAGUGGAGCAUGCUGGGACUUGUAGUAAAACGGCAGCUGGAAGGCCGCAGGCUGUACAAGGGGACUGGUCUGGUUUAAGGAGUAACAAGGUCCAAAACCCAAUUUAAACUUUAUAAUAAAAUGGGUUAAAAUUAAUAAGAAAAAGUAUAUAUUUCUGGCAUUAUUAUUAUUCCCAGGCUUUUUUGGGAAAUUAAGCUGCCAUCUUGUUUGCUGCUUUCAUUUAUUUUGAGUCCCUACUUCCUGAUUUCUACAAGCACAAUCAAAACAAACCAGCAGCCCACUGGAAGCCCUCUGUAUAACCAAACCCCAUCCCCCUCCUCCCAGCUGCAGCUUAUUAGGAUCUGAGAUAAAGAGCAGCUCAGUGUUCAACACUUUAACGAGCCGAGAACAAACUCCACUCUCUUUAAUCAGUUCCCCAAUUAGUCCAACGUGUAUUUACUGUAUUCACUUUGCUGCCAUUUGUUUUCAUUCUCUGUUUUGUCAUUUUAUUUGCAAUGAAAAGGUUGUGGGAAAUUUA